AUGUCGAACCUUGUGGAUUCUCAAGAUAAGGGCAAGACACAGGCCUCCGAUUCCGACGAUGCAAUCGAAGCCAAAUUGUCUGGCAAGGAGAGCACCCCGGAUACCGUGGAAGCAGUGCUGGAGAGUAGCCCGGCCUUGAAGAACGUGUUGGGCGUAAUAGAUAAGGAAAACGCCACGAGGCGCACGAUAGAUAUCGCCAAUCUAUCGAGCGGGCUUGCGGUGGGAGGAAAGAAUCACAAGGACAUGGCUUCUUUCAAGUUCUGGCAGACGCAGCCGGUGCCUCACUUCGAUGGAUCUGGCGGGGUCACCGACGGUCCGAUCAAGAGAAUUGACCCCGAGAAGGUCUCAAAGACGCCCGAUCCGCUCAUCGAGGGGUUUGAGUGGACGACUCUCGACUUGACGAACGAGACGGAACUCCAGGAGCUGUGGGAUCUGUUAACCUAUCACUAUGUGGAAGACGAUGACGCCAUGUUCCGCUUCAGAUACUCUCAGUCGUUUUUACACUGGGCUUUGAUGUCUCCCGGCUGGAAAAAGGAGUGGCACGUUGGCGUACGUGCGACUAAGUCCCGCAAGCUAGUCGCGUCAAUCUGUGGUGUGCCUACAGAUGUCCGCAUCCGGGGCCAGAAGCUAAAGGUCAUAGAGAUCAACUUCCUUUGCAUUCACAAGAAGCUGCGGUCCAAGCGGCUGGCCCCCGUUCUGAUCAAAGAGAUUACUCGUCGCUGCUACCUAAAUGGAAUCUACCAGGCUGUUUACACCGCCGGUGUAGUUCUCCCCACGCCGGUGAGCUCGUGCCGCUACUAUCACCGUUCUCUAGACUGGCUGAAACUAUACGAGGUCGGCUUUUCGCCGCUCCCCUACGGCUCGACCAAAGCCCGCCAAGUUGCCAGGAACUAUCUUCCGAGUAGUACGUCGACCCCGCGGCUUCGACUUAUGGAACCUAAGGAUAUCGACACGAUGCAUGAUUUGCUAGAGCGCUACCUACGCCGCUACGAUUUGAACCCGGCGUUCACGAAAGAGGAAGUCGCACACUGGCUGGUGCACAAGGAGAGCCUCGGGAAGGAGCAGGUGGUGUGGUCGUACGUGGUGGAGGAUGCUGAAACGCAUAAUAUCACCGACUUCUUUUCCUUUUAUAGCCUUCCAUCCACUGUGAUCCAGCACCCAAAACACCAGGAAGUGCGCACUGCCUACUUGUACUACUAUGCCACCGAAACCGCCUUCACCAACGACCAGAAGGCUCACAAGGACCGGCUCCUCAUGCUGAUGAACGAUGCACUGAUCCUUGCUAAGCGGGCCCACUUCGACGUCUUCAACGCGCUCACCACCCAGGACAACCCUCUCUUCCUCGAACAGCUCAAGUUCAACGCCGGAAUUAGCCAGCUCCAUUUCUACCUGUACAACUACUGGACGACUCCUGUCCCCGGCGGCAUCAACCAAAAAAAUCUCCCGGAUGAGAAGACGAUGGGGGGCAUUGGUCUCGUGAUGCUGUAA